AUGUCUUCAAAAGCUAUCUUGGAAAUUUCAAUUUCUGUUUUUGCCCUCGGUGGCUCUUAUUAUUUUUUACCUGAUAUUUUCCCUGCAAUUGUCGCUCUUGUAGCUGGUUCUUGGAUCAAAUAUCUUUAUUUUGAUAAUAAAAAACAAGUUCUUGACCCCGAGAAAUGGCAAGAAUUCCCUCUUACAGAAAAAAUCAAAAUUAGCCAUGAUGUAGCAUUAUACCGAAUAGGACUCCCUAAACCUGAUGAUGUUCUUGGACUUCCGAUUGGUCAGCAUAUUUCAGUUCAAGCUGAAAUCAAUGGUAAACUUAUUUCAAGAAGUUAUACACCAACUAGUUCUGAUGAUGAUUUAGGACAUUUUGAUUUAGUAAUAAAGUCAUAUCCUAGUGGAAAUAUAUCUAGAUAUUUUGGAGAAAAUCUCGAAAUUGGGCAAAAAAUCUCUGUUAAAGGACCCAAGGGACAAUUUAUAUAUUCCCCCGGUUUAGUUAGAGCUUUUGGAAUGAUUGCGGGUGGUACUGGUAUUACACCAAUGUUACAGAUUAUUCGAGCUAUAACUAAAAAUCCUGAAGACAAAACGAUAGUUAGUUUAAUUUUUGCAAAUCAAACAGAGAAAGAUAUUCUAUUAAAGGAUGAAUUGGAUGAUCUUGCAGCCAAACACGAUAAUUUCACAGUAUUUUAUACUUUGGAUAGACCGCAGCCAGAUUGGGCUGGAGGAUCCGGAUUUGUUACCCCUGAAGUCAUUAAAAAGCAUUGCCCACCUCCAGCUGAUGAUAUAAAAAUUUUAUUAUGUGGACCAACUCCCAUGGUAUCAGCUAUGGCAAAACAUUGCGAAUCAUUAGGUUACAAAAAAGCUAGAACUAUCUCUAAAUUAGAGGACCAAGUCUUUAAAUUCUAA